AUGUCAGCAGAGGGCAAGAAGCCGGAAACGGCUAGCAAGGAUGCUACGCCCAGCAACCCUCGAGGUAUUCCCAAGGCGCCGUUCGUCGACAAGGUCGAGGACUACGUCACGACUCGCGAAGAUGUUGAACCGACCCUGCGUAACUUUCAAGAGAUGAUUUCGAAAUAUCAGUUCAUGGAACUGAACCUCCAGAAGCGGAUGGCUGGUUUGAAGGACAAGAUCCCCGACAUCCAGAAGACUCUCGACUCUGUGCAGUUCUUGAAGCUCAGACAGGUGGGAGCUAUACGAUCUGACGAGGAGGAGCCGAUUGAGACAACUUUUGAACUCAAUGACACGCUGUACUCCAAGGCGAAGAUUCCGGCCACCGACGAGGUGUAUAUCUGGCUAGGCGCAAACGUCAUGCUAUCAUACCCCAUUGACGAAGCCGAGACUCUUUUGGAAUCCAAGCUGUCAACGGCGAAGCUGAGCUUAUCAAAUUGUGAGGAGGACCUGGACUUCCUCAGGGAGCAGAUCACGACUAUGGAGGUUGCGAUCGCAAGAGUUUACAACUGGGAAGUUGUUCAAAAGCGCAAAGACAAGGACGAAGGAAAAGGCGCUGAGAAGGGCAAGGACAAGGUCGAGUCGAACGGCUAG